GCCCGGCGGGCGCAGUUGGCUCCGCUCUCUGGGUGGCGCCGCCGGAGGAACCGCAGCAGCAGCCAGGCUGGGCAAGUCCGUGGGCAUCAUGGAGGAUGCCGAGAAGGGCAACGCCAACCGCGGGCGGCGGGAGCUCAAGAUCGGGGAGGGCUCUGAUCAUGGCCUGGGAGUAUGUGGCUGGCUGCUGGUCAUCAUUUCCUUCAUCAUGACCUUGGCAACUUUUCCUGUCUCCAUCUGGCUCUGCAUAAAGAUAGUCAAGGAGUACGAGCGAGCCAUCAUCUUUCGGCUGGGACGUAUCUUAAAAGGAGGUGCGAAAGGGCCGGGCCUUUUUUUUGUUUUGCCUUGUACAGACAACAUUAUCAAAGUGGACAUGCGGACGAUAUCCUUCGACAUACCUCCACAAGAAAUCCUUACCAAAGAUUCAGUAACAGUUAAUGUGGAUGGUGUGGUUUAUUACCGAGUCCAGAACGCAACCCUUGCUGUAGCAAACAUCACAAAUGCUGAUUCCGCCACUCGGCUCUUGGCCCAAACCACCUUGAGGAAUGUUCUAGGGACCAAGAACCUCUCCCAGAUCCUCUCUGACCGGGAAGAAAUUGCGCACAGCAUGCAGAGCACCCUCGACGAUGCUACUGAUGACUGGGGGAUAAAGGUGGAGCGUGUGGAAAUCAAAGAUGUGAAGCUGCCCAUCCAACUCCAGAGAGCAAUGGCUGCUGAAGCAGAAGCAGCCCGCGAGGCGAGAGCCAAGGUCAUUGCGGCAGAGGGUGAAAUGAAUGCCUCCAGAGCCCUGAAGGAAGCUUCCAUCGUCAUCACGGAGUCUCCCGCAGCCCUCCAGCUCCGCUACCUCCAGACCCUGACCACCAUUGCUGCUGAAAAGAACUCCACGAUUGUCUUCCCGCUGCCUAUAGAUAUGCUGCAAGGCAUCGUGGGGAUGAAACGCUAACUAGGAGGGAGGCCAGGUGCUAUAAAAGGGCAAAGUGGAAGAGAAAGAAAAUGAGGAAAUCGAUAUUUCUGGCUAGCUUUCCACAUAGAUGCGCAUCCUGUGAUUUGUGUCUGUGGGCGACCCGUAUCCCAUUGCUGUUUAUCUGAACAAAUUAUGCUUUGAUUUUAGGCUGUGUCAUCAGAAAACUUGGUCUUUCAAUCAGUCUGUCCCCGCUGCCCCAAAUAGAGAAUUUUAGGAUUGCCUGAAUUUGACAGUCGGAGAAUGCCACAGCAUCUCUGUGAAGCAGGCAGUUUCAGAAAUAAUAACAUUUUUCUCCUGGGAAGCAGCUUCUCAGUGGUGAAUCAGAAGUGGAACUUUCCACCUGCUGCCUUGCUACGGCACAUAGAGAAGGAAUGAACACACUGUAGUUAUGGGAACAAUAUGCUUGUAGCUACGAUGUUCAGUCAUUCUCGGAUGUGUUUGUUUUGUGUGGAGACUAACAAAAAUGCCUUCUAUAAACACUUGAAAAUGCCUCUGGAUCUGUCUUUUUGUUUGUACAUUUUUUAAUAAAAUAAAUGUGUGCUUUUUUAAAAAAAUAAAUAAAAUCUUAUUUUUAGAUGCCUAUCCAUUGAAUUUUUUAAUAUAUAUAAAAAGCAUGAGCAACACAAAAUUGGAAUCUCAACUGGUGCCUUUCAUUAUUAACUCUAUUUUGUUUGUUUUUCAUUUUUCUCUGAUCACUAGUAUGUGGAACUCGGUCUUUGUGAACAAUAGCAUUAACUGCUUGUGGUGGCUUAAAAGCAGGUUUCAUUCCUGGCCACGUAUAUCUGUAUAUUUGCAGUGUUUUCAUAAUCUUUACAUUCAAUGUGAAUCCUGUACAGUGGAAGUUUUACCCUACCCCUAGACAUUUCAGAGAGUGAAUUGUUAUAGUUCACAUGUUCAGCUUUAAAUGCAAGAUACCAGUCUUUGCUCAAUGACCUUUGAGUGUUACAAUAAUUCAGACUAGGAUUUCUGGCUUCUCCCUCGACCCUAACCUUUUAGCUGCUGCUUGGAUAGGAUCUUUCAGGCAAAGCAAACUCCGGUGUGUAAAGCGGAGAUGAACUGUUUUGCCAACAGUCAUAUGGCUAAAGGCACAGUAACUAAUGAUGCCAGCAAAACACAUGGUAAUUCCAGUUCAGGCUUGGUUUCAAAUGCUGUUGUUACUAUGUACCAUCCAGAUGGUGUGUCCCCUGCAGACUCUCAGGUGGCCAAAUGCCACUUGUCCCUCCAAGUGGUUGCACAUGCUGAGCCAGUCAGUGUAGCAUGCAUGCAGUCCCAGACAUCUAAGAGAAUUACAGACCUGUUAUUACUCAAUCUUUUGGCUAAGAUCAAGUGUAGUACCCUGCUUAUACCAGGAUCCUCUCUUAUUUGGAACGGCUGAUUUCACCCUGUUUACUUUCAGCAAACCAAAGUUUAUGGAGGAAAGGUCUUUGCAGUGUGCCCUUUUGCGCUCUUGCAAUAGUGUGUCUGCAUUUGUCUGCCAUGGCAUGUGCUCACACCAGCAGGAGAGGAACGAGGAA